GAUCAACCAGGUUGGGUAGCUUGCGAGUUGUGCGCGCGCGUCUAUCCAGCUCAGUAUCUCGCUAGUUUAAUUUGCUUACUAGCUAAGCGAUGGCGUCGCGCCAUCGGCGGCAGCCGUCGCGCGCGCUCCCACUGGACUUCAACGUGGACGACGUCGGUGACGACGAGCCGGUGGCGGCAGCCAAGGGCACGGCGCCCACGCGCGCCCCUACCGGUGGCCCGAGCGAUGCAGCAGGCGGGUCUGCCAAAGCAGGGCAGGAAGGCCAGGGCAAGAAGCUGCCGCCGGCCACCGGCGGCCGCCACACGUCGAUGCCGGAGGGGACCGUCAAGGCGCCGUGCGACGGCAACGGUACCGGCCGCUAGAGCCAUGUACUGCCGUGACACAUGCACCGAUGCACGCACCAGUGCACGUUGCUCUCUCACAGUGUGCUCGCAAUCGCAAAGGGCUCGCAGCUAGCUUGUCCAUGGUUUGUUUUGGCUCGAUCUUUGUCUCAAAUCUACCUAUAUAUGCUUGCAUUUCGUGCAUAUAUAUGUCCAAGUGUUCCUGUAUUCCGGUAUAUUUGUCUACAGGGUGAUGUAAAAGCGUACAAACGUAAUAUGUAAUGCAAACAAUCUGUAUAAUUCCCCGCCUGCCUACACUAAGUAAAAUAUGCAUGGCAGUUCUUA